AUGGGUAAGACCCCACAAACUCCGUCGACCAGCGCGCAGGCUAGCCCCGUGCCAAUGGAUCGACCAGUCAAGAUCGCCGACAAAAAGGGCAGGAAUGUAAGAAUUUGAAGAAUUUUAGAAGAUCUUGGGGUUUUAGGCCCUUAUUUUGAGUUUCAGGCUUAAUUGUGAUGUUCAAGCAUAAAUUUUUAUUUUUUAGGUGAUAAAUUAGGUUUUUUUUUAAAUUUUAGGUAACAACUUAAAGUUUUUAUUAUUUUUUAAGUAAAGUAAAUUGAUUUUCAACUAUUUAGGUAUCAAUUUUAAACUUUUCUGCUUUUUAGAUAUAAAUUAUUGUUUUUUUCAAAAAUUUUUUUUAUAAAAAUGUUCUCAGACGUAUUUUACCACAAUAAAAAUCUAUAUAUAACCUUAUUUUAGCUUGGCCCAUCCGAUUUUCCUCAUUUACUUGAUUUGGGCACGGAUGUGAGUGCCAAAUUCAAAGGCGCCUUCUGUGAAGCGCGAGUAAUGGAGAUCGAGACGGAAACCGUCGAAAUUCGAGUGAGUUUAUAAAAUUUCAAUUUUUUUUUGUUUUUAGAUGUCUUAGAGAUCAAGCUGUCUAAUUUGGUACCUAAUUUAAGGUUUAUUUGUCGAUUUUGUAUAAAAUGGCCGAUUUAUGGCCGAAAGAAGAAUAUUUGUUAUCUAAAAUAAGGUUUUUGAAAAGUUCUUGCUCUAAAUUUACUUUUUGGUUGAUAAAAUUACAUUUUUGUUGAUUUUUGUUACCUAAAAUACUAUUUCAAUUUUUUUUACAUUUAUAUGAUUUUACUAAAUUUUGUUACCUAAAAUGUUACUUUUGAUCAUAUACCGGCUAAAAAUUACUUUUUCAUUACGUUUUUUUUACCUAAACCUCACUUUUUGACCAAUUUUUACCUUAUAACCACUAUAAUGCAUUACCUCCUUCUAGGUGAUACUAAAAGACCAGCCUUUCGUCGAGUACAUGGUAACCCCACGCCUGGUGCGUGGCAAAAUCGCCGUCAAUGAGCCGGUUGUCGUGUAUUUCGACGGAAAACUGAUGGAAGCUCAAAUUCAACAUGUCAAGGACCUGAGUAGGUAUCGAGUGGUCUUCAACGAUGGAGACGAGAAGUCGUUGAGGAGAAGUCAGAUGGUACUGAAGGGAGCGAAGCACUUUGAUAGUCAGAUCAACCUGGACAACUUGCCAUUGGACAAUCCGGAUCGGAACUCUUCGGCGUAGGUUUUUUGGUUGUUUUUGUUGAUGUUUAGGUAUGAAACUGAAGUGGUUGGAGGUCAAUAUUGUAGGAAGGAACAGUCUGAGGCGUUCUAAGGUUACUAGUUAAAAAAGCUAAAGUUUAGGUAACAAAUAAAUAAAUUUUGGACUAAAAUUUUAAUUUUUUGUGAUUUUAGGUAACAGUUUUUAAUUUGUAGUAAGAAAAUUGAAUUUUUUGGUUGAUUUUUGAAGUUUAGGUAUUAAAACUUGUUUUUCAUUAAUAUUUUAAGUAAGACAGUAGGAUUUUCUGGUUAUUUAGGUAUUAAAAUUUGGUUUUUGGCUUUUGUAAAGAAAGUUCUUGCGAUUUUUUGUUUUGUAAAGAAAGUUAUUGCCAAUUUAUGUUUUGUAGAGAAAGUUAUGGCCAAUUUAUGUUUUGUAAAGAAAGUUCUUGCUAUUUUAUGUUUUGUAAAGAAAGUUAUUGCCAAUUUAUGUUUUGUAGAGAAAGUUAUGGCCAAUUUAUGUUUUGUAAAGAAAGUUUUUGCAUCUUUAAUCAAACCCUAUAUUUUUUCGAUUUUUCGAACUUGCGACGCUUUUUAAUAGCCUAAAGGCACAUUUUGUAAACUUUUUAAAUUUUUUUUUAAUUUUAAAAUUUAAAAAAUUGAAGAAACUGUUUUCAGUGACAACAUGGACCUAUUCCUAGGCACCUCGCGCUCGAUAACCCGCCAACUCAAAGCCAUUUACCAAGGGGUGGAUCCGGAUAUGGCAGACAGUCCCAAAUCCUCAAUCCGCCAACAAACCCAAUCCGACCGGUCGACUUCGGACGCAUCGGAAACGGACAAUGACACCAACACAAGCUCAACAUUAAGUCGACCGAAAAAGAAGAAACUGAAGAGACAACGGUCGAUUCAACAACUGUCAGUGCCGAGAAAGAGGGUCAAGAAAGGAAGGGAUUCGUCGGAUGACAGUGAUCUGUCGGAUUCUGAUAGCACGACGCGGACACCGAAGAAGAAGACUAGGAAUCUUGGAUUGAGUAGCAAACAGUAAGUUUUAAUAAGGACGUUUUGUAGGGUUUUUUUGCAUAGUACAGGUUAAAAAUGGCAUUUUAUAGACAAUGGGGGUAGGGAAGGAUUUUUGAAUUGGCUCAGGGGAUGGAAAAAUAUGAAAAAUAGGGGCUUAGGUAUGAACAUGACAUUUUUUUGUUUUGUAAAGAAAGUUUUUGCCAUUUUGGUUUUUUAUAAAGAAAGUUCUUGCUAUUUUUUGAUUUGUAAAGAGUUCUUGCUUAUGGGUUGAAAAGGAAGCUUUUUUAAUUCUGUUAUUUUGUAAAGAAAUUUCUUGCAGUUUAAGGUUUUUUAAAUAGUUUAAACGUAUUUUACAAAAAAAAUAUGAAAUGAAAAAUUUUAAAAUUAAAAACUUUCAGUGAAUCAGAAGACUCAUCCACCCCCGCUCGCGAAAUCAAAAAAGAGAAAAAAAAGCACAAGCCCUCUAGUAGUACCGAAUUCGCUGAAGGAGUACUAAUAAUGGGUCGAUUGAAGUUCGAAAAGAAGACAGCCGCCUUCUUUGGCAUUGUCAUCUCACCAUCAGCCUACAUCGAAGCCGAAGAGGAUCCAAGGCCGCCAGAACCCAACGAAUACCCGGUUCGAAUACUACCUGAUGGCAAAGUGUAAGUUCGUAUUGUUUUUGAAGGAGUUUUUGAUGUUUAGGUAACAAGUUUGAGGAAAGGAGGGAUUUUCGGGUUUUGGAAAGAAAGUUUUUGCAAUUUGAAGCUUUGUAAAGAAAGUAUUUGCCAUUUUUUGUUUUGUAAAGAAUUUUUUUGCUAUUUUAAAACAAAAUACUUUAUGUUUUGUGUAGUGCAGACUGCGGGUGACAAGUUAUACGAUGGGUACCGUUUUUAAAAAUUUUUUUGUGUUUUGCAAAGAAAGUUCUUGCCAUUUUUUAAUCUGUAAAUAAAGCUUUUUAUAAUUUUGCAACGUAUUUUACCUUACUCUCCAUUAUUUUAGUAAGCUCUUCCGCCAAUCUCAACUAGAAGUCUUUGAUGCCGACCGCAUCCCCCUAGAAGAACUCGGUGCCAAACUCAAACGAAGCUACGAGCUGGCCAUGAAAUACGCGAAAAUGGGCCAAUUGCCGGAGGACUGGUCCGAGGAGUGGAUCUUCGGCCCAAUGAGCAAAUCCCGAAAAGCGGUCCGAAAGCGAAAACUUUCCGACCAGUCGAUUGGCAGCUUCAAGGAAUCUCAAAAAUCAACCAAAGAUUCCAAGGAAAAAGACACGCCCCCACUCAAAACACCCAAAGACACCGACAAAGCGGGUCAAAAAGAAAUGGCAGAGAAGAAGAAGGAACAGCGGGAACAGUUCUAUACCAAAUUGGAAAAGUUUUUCGAGAAAAACGACAAAACUUUAACGACAGCACCCAUUCUAGCCUCAGGCGACACGCUGGACCUAUUCCAACUGUUCCGAUUGGUCAGGAAGAAGGGCGGUGUAAAAGAGAUGAACAAGGCGGCCUGGACUGGCUUCACCGAAGUAAUGGGCAUCAAAGGAGUGAUCAGUGGGGAACAGCUCAGAGAACAGUACAUUAAGUACCUAGAGGGAUUUGAGACAACAUUGAAGUACAAAAAGGACCCGGUGUGGACGGGAGAGAAGGAAAAGGUAGGGGAAUAUUAGUUUUGUUAAAGGUUUUAGGGGUCUGCGAAGAAAAAAAUGGCAUAUUAAAGAAUUUUAAGCGUCUGGGAGUGGUAAAAAAUAAGUUUUUAAAGAAUUUUUAGGGUCUGAAAGGGGUAAAAAUGAGAUUUUUAAAGAGUUUUAGGGGCGUGGAAGGGGUAAAAAAAUGAUUUUUUUUGAAAAUUUGUGAAUAGCUUGGACAGUAAAAUGAUUUUCUUUGGAAAAAAAAUUUGGGCGUGGUAAAAAUUUUUUUUUAUUUUGGGGGUGGAUCAGAUAAAAAUUUACUUUUUGAAGCUUUAGAGGUCAGGGAGCGCUUAAAAAUGCGGUUUUUUGUGUUAAAAAAGUUGGGCGGGGUAAAAAAAUUUUUUAAUUUGGGGUGGAUUAGAUAAAGGUUUAAGCAACGGGGAUUGAGUAAAAUUGAGUUUUUUGUGCUAAAAGUAAAGUAAAAUUUGGGCGGGGUAAAAUAUUUUAAAAAAAGUUUUGGGGAUAUAAGAGAAAGAAAACAUUAACGUUUUUUGAAAUUAGUGGUAAAAGACAAUAUAAAAUGAGAGUUAUAAUUUAAAAAUAAUUUUCGUUACCUAAAAAAAUCUUAUUUUUUGAUAAUUUCAGAAGCAACGAACCUCAUCUGUCUCCUCAACCUCAAGGUCCACAAUCUCAACCUCUCCAAGCAAAAAGCUCUCUUCCACAAAGUCCCAAACGCCAUCGGUCGAUAAAUCUGGAAAAAAGCUGCAAAAACCAGAGAAGCUAGACAAGAAAACUAGCCAUUCCGGCACAAGAAUACCUCCACCAACGGAUCUAGAUGAAGAAGAUGGUCACGUCCCCGCCGACAUCUUUUCUCAACUGGUCGAAACACGGCACGUCCGAGCAGCACAUUACUCACGGUUCUAUUCGGCACGAGUUGUGGAUGCUCGCCGUGUACCAACCGAUGUUAUCCUUAGGGUUUUGACCAAAAUCGUGGCUCAAAUCAAAGAAGGUGAAGGAGAUGGGGAUAAAGGACAGAAUGUUAAGGAUGACAAGACGAAAUCAGGCCAGGGGGUGAAGGACGAGAAGCUUAAGGCAGGUCAAGGCUCAAAAGAUCAAAAAAGUGGCCAAGAAGCCAAGCAUGGAGCUGUUUUGAAAAAGGAGGAUUCCAAAGAUUUUGAAGCUUCUACAAGCACAAAAGAUAGUCACGGUAGUCAAGAAGGGUCGAGUGAUGACAAAAAGAAUGGCAGAGACAAGUUAUCUAUGCUCAAAGAACCAAAAGCGACCGUCAAAGAUCAAAAAUCGACCUUAUCGUCGCCUCAGAAGCAAGAUCCUGAAUCAGAUUCACCAUCGAAGCUAGAAGCCUUAGAAGGUCAGAAGACGAAUCUGAAGAUCACCGAUCCAUUGCACGUUGAAGCCCUGGAAGAGCUGGGCCGAAUCACCAUGGUCUUUGUCCACUACAACGGCUGGAACGUUCGCUACGACGAGUGGGUAACGCUGGACCGGCUGAAGGUGACCCCAGAAACAAGAAAACAGUCCAUGCUGGCACUGAGAACCAACUACGACUUCCCAUUGGAUGUACUGGAAGCCGUGCACGAGUUCUACGCCAACCGAAGACUGACCGAGAACGCCUACAAUGCCAGGUAUCUAGAGAGCUCAGACGAAGAGGAUGUGAAUAUGCAUGCCAAGAACAAGAAGAAAAUCACUCCUCAGGCGAUAAAUCACGAAGCCUUGAGGCCGGAGCUAAGAGCCUUCCUGUACGAAGACGAAGGCUACGGAAUUCCAGAUGUAAAGCCAGAGAAGGUGGAGAAGGACGCCUUCGAUGACAUUCCAAAUCAUGAACUUGCCGCCGCGAACAUGAUCAUAUCAGAGAGUGAAGCUCAUCGUGGAAAGAAUAAAUCGACCAAGAAGAGCAAAGAUUCACCAAAAUCGACCGAUAAGACAAAAGAAGCAGUUAGAGCGGUCGAAAAGGCAAAAGAAAGCCAAAAAGUGGUUGAUAAAUCUAAGGAAUUGAUGAAAACGACUGAUAAAUCGAAGGAUCUGGCAAAAUCAGCUGAUAAAACGACCGAAAAAGAAAAGAAACAAUCAAAAGAAGAAGCGGAGAAAGAAAGAAAACAAAAAGAAGACAAAACAGAAGCCAGAGAACGAAGAAACACGCUGAAAGAACGACCAGAAGCCAAGGAUUCAAAGGGAAAAGAUGAGAAAGAAGCUGGUAAAAGAGAUGAUAAGGAAGGUGGUCGAAGAGAUGACAAAACAGAAUCCAGAAAAGAAGCCUCAGGCCCAGAAGCCAGGGAAAGAAGAAACACUCACGAGAAGCACGAUCGACUUCAGAAGCAAGAAAGCGGCGAAAAAGAGAAGACCAGCAGACAUCGUGCUGAAUCUAGCCAUGAAAAGGGUGCUUAUGAUGAUAAGAAGGGGCAUAAUGAUGAUAAGAAAGGUCAAGAUGAAGAUAAAAAGGGACAUAAUGAAGAGAAAAAGGCUCAGAAUGAAGAAAAGAAGUCACAUAAUGAAGAAAAGAAAGCUCACGAUGAAAAGAAAAACGAAAAACGUCUUCAGAAGCAACAAAGCACGGAGAAGUUUGAAGAAAGAUCAUCUCAAAAGGCCAAAGAUGAUAAGAAAUUAGACAAAAAACAAGCACAGAAGACAGAAAAGAAGGGUAAAGAUGAAAAAGAUGAAGAUAAGGAUCAAAAACAACUAAAGGGCAAAGAGGAAAGAGAAAAAGCUAGGGAUGAUAAAGAAAAAGCCAAAGAUGAUAAGGAAAAGAGCAAGGAUGAGAAGGAAAAGAACAAAGAUGAUAAGGAAAAGCAAAAAGAUGAUAAAGAAAGAAGGAAAGAAGAGAAGGCAAGAACGUCAUAUAGCUUGGCUAAAGAAAAGACCCCAAGAAGUAUAUCCCCAACUAAAAGUCGCUACAGUCCAGCCAAAGAUCGUUCUCAAAAGGCAGUGUCCGAGAGAGAAAAGGCUUCUGAUAAAGAAAAGGCUACUGAUAGGGAAAGAACUUCAGCGUCAGAAAGUGGAAAAGCUUCUGAUAAGGAAAGAGCUUCAAUAACAGACAAAGAAAAGAGCCCCAGCAAGGACAAGAAGCACAAAGAAAAGAUGGAAAAGAAGGAGAGAAGGCAAGAGAAGGAGCAUGAAAAGAAGAAGAGACAUGAAGAAAGGCGAAAGGAUGAUGAUAAAGGCAGAAAAGAUGAUGAUAAAGGCAGAAAAGGUGAUGAUAAAGCUAGAAAAGAUGAUGAAAAAGAACGACGAAGAGCUGAAAAACGAAAAUUAUCAGAAGAAAAACGAGAAAAAGAACACAGAGAACGAAGAGAAACAGAAACUUCGGAUGAAUCUGACCGUAAACGAGAGAAAAAGGAUUCAGAAUCCAGAAGUGGUCACGAUAAAUCGAGAAAUGCUUCAGAAAAAGGUCAAAAUGUACCUGAAAAUGCUAAGAAUCAAGCUGAAACCGCCAAGAAUCAGCCUAAAAGCACAUCAGAAAGAUCAAAGAUUCAAAGCCAAGAAUCCUCAGAAUCCAUGUCAUCAGAAUCUACCCGAUUCAGAAGUUCAAGGCCUUCACAUAAAGACGAAUCAGCCAUCAUCGAGCUAUCACAAUAUAACGCGGAUUCUGGUUCGUCGGAAGAAAAGGAUCCGUUAUCAGCGCUGAAUGACACGAUCAACUCUGUAGCACAUCAAAUCGGCCUAGAUAGUGGUUCGGCUUCUGGAUCAAAGGCUGGAUUUGAAGGUAGUGGCUCUAGAAUUCAGUAUGAUGCACCUUCUGGAGCUAGAAGUCAGUACGAUGGAGCUUCUGGGUUAAGAGGUCAAUAUGAUGGAGCUUCUGGCUCCAGAAAUCAAUUUGAAGCCACAUCAGGUCCUUCAGCAUCCACUCUGAAGUUUGACGGUACCAGCCAUAAACUUGGAUACGACAGUACCAGCAGCACUAAAGCUGGCUAUGAAAGUACCAAAACCUCUCCAGAAUCUAGCUUCAGGAGCCAAGCACCAAGCGAAAUCCCACCACCUCAGUUCUCACCAACUCCACAGUCAGAAUCCUCUUUCAACUAUCUGGACACAACGGCUACAUCCGAGCAGGAUUCACAAAUCGAAGACCCAAUGGAUUCAUCGACCUUCUCCAUGACUUCACAAAGCUCCACGAUGCGAGGAGGCUCAGCGACAAGUGAAUCUUUUGUCAGAAGCGACGCCAAGGGCUUCAGAGGAGAUUCAGCCAUCGCCAGAUCGGAUUCGGAAGCCAUGAAGCAGGAUUCAAAGCUGAGAAGCCAAAAAACGCCGAUGAUGGUACGAACGGAUUCGCUCUCCAGAAUGUCUUUAACCUGGCAAACUGGCACGGAACGACCGAUCUCAGUCAGAAGUCAAGGUUAUUCAGAAUCCGCACAGAAGAAUGUACCGUCGACAAGCAGUUUUAAUGUUGAGGCUACUGAACCGACGAUGAAAAUGGCUUUAAAAGAUAAUGAGAAGGGCUUGAAGGCUACAGAAACAGGGCUAAGAUCGACCGAAAAAGGUCAAAAAGUAAUGGCAGAAGAGCUGAGGUCAACUUCACAAGGCUUCAAAACACUUUUGGAAGCAUCGAAGCUACAGUCAGACGCUUUGAAGGAAUCAGAAGCCCAAAAAUUGGCAUCAGAAUCCGAAAAAUCAGCGUCCGAAGCUCUUAAUUUAUCGUCAUCAACCUUCAAACACCCAGAAUCCGAAGCCAAACUUCAAGAAGCUGAAGCCCGACGUCAAGCUAAAGCUCGUGAGCUAUUUGAGGCCACGAAACGCGACCUCAUGGUACCACUUCACCUCGACAUGAACAUCAAGUCACCCACUCCACCUCUACCUUCACAUAUGUCACGCGACUCUACCGUCACAACCGGCUCCACCUUCUUCGGCCUAAACUCGAACCAAGACGAUAUCCUGGGCCCGGAGGUGAUGCGGCAGUUCGAGAUUGAGCAGAAUCAUUUACCGGUCGAUCCGAUUCAGACCCCGAAGAAUUCGCGGAAGAAGGAUGAAGAUUCACAAAUUACCGGUCGAGACGUACAACAAAUGCUAGUGAAUCUGGGACUAAUUGCACCAAACGCACAAAGGACCAGCAUCCUGUCGACCAACGUUGACACUGGUAGAGGCUUGAAAUUGACAGCAAAUGGUUUAAAUUUGGCUGGAAAUUCAAAUUUGAAUUUGGCGGGAAACCUAAACUUGACCGGACUACCAAUUGGAGCACAAAACUUGAGGUCCGAAUACGAAUCGCCUAGUCAAAGCCAGAAUUUGAGGUCCGAAUACGAAUCGACCGGUCGAUAUCCGAAAAAUAGCUUCAAAGCCGUUACCAGUACCAGCUUGGGACAAGGAGCGAAAAGUGGAAGUCUAAAACAAGAUUCAAGCUUCUCAUCGUACCAAACUUCACAGAACGCUAGGACAUCAGAAUCCGAUGGCUACAGAAUGAGAGGCACAGAAGCUGGUCAGAAUUUAGAAGCUUACACCGUGCAAAAUCCGGAAUUCCAAGCGACAAGAAGUUCAGAAACCAUUGCCAAUAUAACUCAACAACUCGAGGAGGUCAAGAAGCAAGAACUUCAAAUUCAGACCGAGCUACUGCGUCAUCAACUCGUAGCCAAUCAGCUUCAGCUCCAAUUCGCCUCAGGCACCACCCCUCAAAACACAGCCGGCCUGCUACAUCCAGAAUUUGUCCAAGUGUACCAACAAGCCCUAGUACUAGCCCAGACGAGAAGAAAAGACUUGGAACAGCAGCUAGAAUUCCAAAAACUAGCCCAACCUUCAGCCAACGGCAUCUCCAGCCUACUACAACAAACUCAUCUAACCAUUGCCCACUUGGCCGCACAAAGAAGACAACAACUCGAAAUGGCACAACUGGCUAGUCAGCUUCCGACAAGGCAACAACAACUCUUCGCUGGACUGGGCUUGGCUGGAUUGGGUCAGGGAAUGGGUGGAAUUCAAGGAAUGACUAGUCAAAGCCAAGGCACAGCUAACUCUGGAGCUUUGAUGGAACAAAUGAAUAAGUUCUUGAGCUCUGGUCAAGAUAUGGGCGCUUUAAAUGGUCAAAAUGUGCCGAUUUCUGGACAAAAUGUGGCUUUGCCCGGACAAAAUGGACAAAAUAUGACAAGUUUUGCAACACAGAAUGUUGUCAUGCCUUCUGCCCACAAUUCUACUUCGAUUUUUGGCCAAAGUUCAACGGCUUUUCCGCCUCAAACUAGCCAAAAUGCGAACAGAACGGCCGACAAGAACAGCCGGUCAGGCCAACAAAGCUUGAGCAACCUGUUCAACUCAGCAACUUCUCAAAGCAACUUGACCAACUCAGCAACGUCUCAAAGCAAUCUGAGCACCUUGGCCAGCUUAGCCACCCUAGCUCAUCAAACUUCGAACCGAUCCACCCCAACCAACGUCAAUUCAAAUUUAUCCACCCCAGCCCAAAAUUCAACCCAACUUUUACCCCUCCUCAACAACCUCCGCAUGGCCAACGCUGAUCAGGUACGAAUGAGCCUGGUACUGAUCGAACAACAGUACGGCCACGAUAUCGCUCAAGCGGUCCAAGCCGAGUUCGAAGGCCGUCUUCUGAAUCAGCUACUGACAUCGUUGCAAACCACUCCCGCUCCAACUCCGCCACACCCACCCGCCACUCAGAUUGGCGGUCAAAGUGCGUGGAACUUCAGUGGGACUAGUAAUGCACAAACUGUGAUGCAGAUGGAUACUCUUAAUACUAGGUAGGGGUUUUUGAUUUUUUUGAGGGGGGGGGGUCGUUUUUGAAAAAACAUUUUUUGGAGAUUUGGUGUUUUUUAAAUUUUUUUGUAAGGGCAGGGGUAAUUAAAAAAAAUUCUGGGCGGGGUAAUUUUUUGAAAAAAAAAUUAGGGGGGUGUUUUUAAAAGUUGCAUUUUUUAGGGAGAUUGUUACAUAAAAUUUCAAUUUUUGGCAUUUUGCCACUGAAAAAUUGAUUUAUGCUUAAUAUGUAAAUUUUUUGUCGUUUUAUUACCUAAAAAUCUAAUUUUGACCGUUUUUUAUACCUAAAGUUUCAGUUUAACCCCAUCAACUGAUCGCACAGCCACCCCUCGUGACCCAGGAGAUGCCCCACCUAACUCAUCAUCAACUUUCCCUCACUUCACAGUUCAGUUCACCACCCAAUCCCAAGCUCAACCAUCGAAUGUGAGAGCGGAACUUGCGCUGGAACGAGUCACAGAAACCGCCAGAACCAUGGUAACACUGGAAGAUCAACAACGUCAAGUCUACGACAUCCCAGUCCAAGCUCAGCCAUGUGAGGAUUGUGGAUCAGCAGCACCGGUCUUCAGUCGAACACCAAUCAAUACCCUACCGCCUCAGCUGAGGUCAGAUAUCUUGGAUUAUGUCGCGAAGAAAGAGCACCUGGGCAAGGAGAGGAGAGCUAGACCACAACAAGAUGUGUCGGGAAUGUCGAGAGUAGCUCAGAAGCAUGCGGUGGAGAAGAGGAAGCAAGAGGACUUGGUGAAGGAGAUCAGGGAAGGUCAAGCGAAUCAUGAUUUGCCGAUCGAUCCGGCUUUUAGGGUAGGUGAAGGGAAAUUGAUGUAAAUGGAGGGAAUGUAGUCGGAUUUGUAUGAAGGUUGGUGUAGAUAUUGGUCAUAGUAUGGGUUAUGAUGUGGGAAGUCUUGAAAGAGGUACGAUUAAAAUUGGCAAAGGUAUCGACUGGUUUUUGAAAAUUUCUUUGAUUUUUUAAAAAUUUUUGGGGUUCUCGACAAAACUUGAUGUAACUGGUGGCAAUACUGUUGGAUUUGUAUGAAAGUUGGUGUAUAUAUUAAUAAUUAUUAAUAAAGCAUGGGUUAUGAUGUCUGAAAGUUUGAUAGAGGUACAAUGAAAAGUGUCAAAGAUAUCGACUGGUUUUUGAAAAUUUCUUUGAUUUUUUAAAGAAAUUUUGGGUGGGUGAACAUAACUUGAUGUAACUACUGGGAAAGCGAUAGAAUUUGUUUUAAAUUUACUUUUGUGAUAAAUAAUGGCCUUGUUUAAAGUGACAAAACGUUUGAAAGAGAUUCGUCUAAAAUCGACCGAGAUAUCGACUGUUUUUCAAACUUUUGUUUUCUCAAUUUUUUGUAUUUGAUGUUUUUUUGAUGCCUAAAUUAAUGUUUCCUAUAAUUUUCAGGACGUGAAACGAGUAUUCGAAGUCCCAACAAUGUCGGAUGUGAUGAACUCCAUCGGUCUGGACGUCUUCAACACCCAGCGUAGCCCAGAAACGGCUCAAAAACCCUCAGAAUCCGAUUCAAAGCUCAAAUCAAAAGAACAAACCGAUGCAGAGGUCCAGAAACUUUUGGAACUCAACAACCUGAUGAAGCCUGACCCAAAGAAAGAUCAUGGCAAUAGUGCAUACGAUGAGGAACGAAGGAAAAACGACCGUGAGUUGGAAAUCCUGAAGAAUAAGGUGAUGGGAAUGGCGGAUUUGGUGGAGAAGGAGAAGAUCAAGGCUGGAUUGGCUAGUUUUUCGAUCGAAACCACACCCGAAAUUGACGGAUUGAGUGGGUUUUUGAUUUUUUGGGAUUUUGAAUUUUUUUUUGAAAUUUUGGAUUUUGCACGGUGCAAGGAUAAUUAAUUUUGCACGGUGCAGCUUAAAAAAUAGUUUUUGGGCCGUUUUGGAGUCUAAAAAGUGGUUUUAAGGGUUUUUUGGGUGAGGGUGUAUACACAAAAGUGUAUAGAAAGGGCUGAUUUUAAAAAAUUUUGGGCGGGGUAAUUUUUGAAAAAAAAUUUUGGGGGUGGUUUUUAAAAAUUGAAGUUCUCGUGAAAGUUAAAGUAGGAAAAGUGAUUUUUGAUAACAAGUUUUACAAUUUUAGUUCACCAAACCCAACAAGAACUGGCAAAACAACGAGAAGUGUACCAUCAAACCGAGCUGACACGCCAAAAGCUAGCCAAUGAAAUCGGCCGAGAACAAAACAAGGUUGGCGGCUCCAAAGGCCGAAAGCUGUACUAA